AUGGCUACCAGACAUUUUACCAGAAGUCGAAAACAACAAAUUUUGGCUGAUCCAACAUUGGUUGAAAAAGAUGAGGAUCUUCAGAAACAGCUGAAAGAAGUGAAUGAAAAGGAUUGUAGAUCAAUCUCAGAAUGUAGCACUUGUAUCAGAUUCUACACAGAGCAUGCUACCUAUCGACAGUACAUGGCAAAAAAACGUAAGAGAAAAACAUCAGAAUUAGAUGAGCUGAAGAGAGAGAUAGAAUCAACAGCUUGGAUCCAGUGUGACAACCUAGACUGUAGAAAAUGGAGGAGAGUUCCAACAAGUGAAGUUGAUCAGCUUGCUGACAAGGACUGGUUUUGUACCCUGAAUAAAGACCCUAAAUUUAAUAAUUGUGAAGUACCAGAGGAAGACACAGAGAAAUAUGACCAGCUAGCCAUUAACUGUGGUCUGAAUUAUGUCAAGUCUGAAUUUUGGGAAGGUUGUUUGGUCUGGGCGAAAAUGCCAGGUUAUUGCAGCUGGCCAGCAGUAGUAACUAGAAGUCUAGAAACUGAUGAUAUAUGUGAAAGAGAUGCUGAUGACAACCCUGUCUUGUACCAUGUGGAAUAUCUGGGAAAAACUCAUUCACGAGGAUGGAUCAAAAAGUCAGCUUUGAAAAUGUUCUCUGCAGAAAGGAUAGAAGAUGACCCAACUAUUAUAUCAAAGAAGGGAAAGAAAAGCAACUGUAGUAAGACAACAUUUAGAAAGAAUGGAACUGUAGAACAUGCAACCAGUGAGGCAGUGAUACUAUCUCACUUAACUCCCUUUCAACGUCUAGACAAAUGUGUCUUUAAAUUUACUUAUACUUAUGAAGAUGUUACUGCAGCUAAGAAUAAGUUAGGAAUAGAUAUCACAUUUUUUGACGAAACUCCACCCAGUAAAGAUGAAGUUAAAACACCUUCAGAGUUUGAAGAGGCAGUUUUACCUGUGGAAUCAGCCCACAAGGUACCCAAUAUGGAGAUGUACAGUAAUCCUAUGAGUGAUCUAGACAGCCAAGAGGAACUGAUACAUGAGAUGCAGGCGCUGCAGGAUGGCAUGGAAAUAAUAGAUCAAGUACUAGAGCAACUGUAGCCAUUUGAUGAUGGAUUUUAUAAAUAAAUCAUGCCAGUUCCAUUUUUAUCACACAACAGUUCUGUUCUCAGGUUCAUAACACAAUAUAAUGGUCUACUUUACUGCAUCAAUUCACACAUUUUUUUCAAAACAAUUUCAAACUAGACUAUUCUACAAUGUGGAAUGCUAUGCAUAUUAUUCAGGAUAUGCAUUUUCAAUCAAUAUCGACAAUUUUUUUAAGAUUUCUGAGAAUCUAAGGCCAGCUAUGUUGAAUUUCUUUUGUUUGAACAUAAAUUGCAUUGUUUUCCUUGAAAACUAUGGUCUAUUAUCAGCAAUUUGAUGUAGUACAAUACAUGGAUAACUUAACAUGAAAGCCAAAAGAAUCAUAGAGGAAAGUAGGUGGAGCUUAAUUAUGCUACAACCAGUCAUAUUUUCAUAUGGCAUUGGAUAAAACGGUAACGUGAUCAAUGCCAAGCUGCCAAUCAUUUUAUUGAUGUUACAAGUCAUACUUGUCUUACUCAUUAACAUAUUUAAACAAUCUCUUCCUGACUGAUUCGUUUGCUUAAAGGGACAGGUGCUACAUUUUGGGGGGUUGAUUUUAAUCUUGAAUAUAUGUGAAUAGUCUUCAGAAAUCUCAUAAUUCCUUUGAAAAUACUUCAAACCAGGAAUUUUACUAACUAUUUCUAUAUAUGUCUUUUCAAUAUAUCACAGAGUAUCUUAUCUUGACGAGUCGUAAUUUUAACAUUUAAAAGCGGAUAAUUCUGGAGACGCAUGGACUUGAAGGCUCAAAUUUCGACGGUGAGCUGUGAACACUAAUACUGAUUGGCUCAGCUAAAAAAAUACCGUUUCUGAGACUAAAGUAUGAUUGGUCAAAAUAAUGGCGCAUCCGUCCCUUUAAAUGUGUACUCUUAAGAACCGUGUAUAUAUAUUACUUUAAAAUAUUGAAUAAGCUUAUACUUCGAAUGUAUUAACUGUCUCUCAUUAUGCUAUGUUAUAUUUGUUAAACUUGAACUUCGUUACAAUAAUUACAGGGAACACUGGUUGUGUGUUAGUCCGAAAUGUUAAGGGAAUAGAGAGAGUGUAUAUUUCCCAAAAUAACAUUAAUCCUUUAUCUCAAUCACUCUCAAGUCACCCCCAUGUUCAGCCGAUACCAUCUACCCGUCCAAAUUAACCCCUCACCUAGGUUUCGCUUGGUUUUCUCAACUCGGCACCCUCAACCUCUUUAUGAGAGCUCAUAUUGUUAUUUAUAUUCCUUCCAAUGUUUAUUUUUUUAUUAAUUUGUUACAAUUUGUUAUCAAAAUAAAGCUAUACAAUUGUUGGGUUACAAA